CCCAUCAUGUUUUCGUUUCUGUUUAACUUCUUAGAGUUGAGUUUCAGUUACCAAACGGAAGCGGCAGCCGGAGCCAGAGCCAGAAGGGAUCGCCGGCGUCCUUUUUUAUAGUGUGAUUCGGAGUAGAGAUUGGGGUUUCACGAUAACGAUUCAUGGACCAGGAGACGUAGAGAAGGGAUCAGAGAUGUACUGGAUUGAGUGGGAUAGAGGGUAGAGCCUAAAGUAAGCGGAAUACAACAAGGGUUGAGGAAGCUGAGAGAGAAACAAAGCGCCGCCGUCGUUAAGGCUAGAUCACCACCGCCGACACGAUAGAGGUAGCGGAUUCAGGGAAUGGGAAUAAGGCAUUUUUUUCUAAUGACAAUGUAAGCCGUGAUUCUUCUUUCUGUUUUAUUAUGUUAAGCCUGAGCUUUUUUGCCAAUUAUCACCUAGCGUCCAACGAUGUCAAUGUUACUUCAUUAACAGAGUGCGGGUUGUUCUUGCUCGAUGAGCUGGUGUCUCUAUUAUAAAAUGGGUUUCUCGCUGUGAAAAACCCAGGCUGUUUAGGAUCCGGCAGUGGAGGAUCCGCACUGCCUAGCAUUAGAACAACGAGUGAUAUGGUUGGCCGGUCUUCUGGUCUUUGUUGCACGCAUAGUAGAGCUACUUGAAUGCUUCUUAGUGCUUGAGAAUUGACACAGGAUUCCAGCAGACAUUCGUCCACUAGCUGUAGAGCUGCUCUUUUCAUCCAUAGUGCCCAUGCCUGUUUAGUACGUGAUCAGUAGACAAUAGGGAAAACCUCUUUAGGAAUGCAGGGGGAUAACUUUAUGGUUUAUGAGAGCUUACAUGGCCCAUAAGGUUAAUUUCAUGGUCAGGAUGUUGAAAUCCUCUGUUUCUUUUCCCAAUUAUUAUCUCCAGGACCAACACCCCGAAGCUGAAAAUAUCAGAUUUCACCGAAAUGUAGCCACUGGAAAGGUCAAACACAGAAAUGUACAUUUUUUAGCAGCUGGGAAUAGCUCAAACCAAAAGAGAUAUUACUUUGAGUUGGCAAAACUGAAUAAUGCUUACCGAGUCCCGACUAUUCUAUUUGUAUUGGCCUCCGUUUAAUCUGCACCAAACGUUUUUGCAAGGCCAAAGUCAGAUAUCUUGGGUUUCAUGUCAUUAUCCAGUAGAAUGUUGCUGGCUUUGAGAUCCCUGUGGAUGAUUCUGAGCCUCGAGUCCUGGUGAAGGUAUAGAAGACCUCGAGCUAUUCCAUCUAUGAUUUGGAUUCUCUUCUGUCAAUCUAGCGUCAUGGAUCUUGAUUUAUCUGCCUUCAGUCAAGUUAGUAACUAGGACUAGUGAACCCAUGACCGUCGCCAUGUAUAGAAGCCAACAAAAGUGCAACUUAUGGUCAUUUCUUACCAAAUAUUGUAGAGUCUAAGCUAUUGUUAGGCAUGUAUCAUAGAUCAACAUCAUUACAUCUUCUCGAAUGCAACAACCGAGAAGCUUUACAAGAUUGCGGUGCUGAAGUUUUGAAAACAAUAUGACUUCAUUUUUGAACUCGUUCAAUCCUUGGCCAGAGCUCUUUGAUAGCCUCUUUACCGCUAUUUCUUGCCCCUUCUUGUAAUGCUCCCUGCAAAUGUAUAUCUUUAUUUCUUAGGUUGUUAAUUGCAUGGACUUUGUUUGUUGCAGAGAUAGUGUUAAUGUUACCCUGUAGACAGGUCGAAAGCCACCUUGCCCAAGCUUGUUUCUGUCUGAAAAGUUGUUGGUUGCAGCUGCUACUAUAUCCAGUUCAAACAUUGGUAAGUCCAUUCUGCAAGACUUGUGUUCCUGUUGUAUGAGCUUGAAGAUGUGUCUGGCACUUUAAUUCCAUCGUACUUCAGAAACCCAUCGUUCCUAUUGCAAUCAAGUUGUGUCCUCCGAAUGCAACCAUCAGAACACGUUGUGGAAUUCCAAUCUGCUGGAGAUUUCGGCACAAACCCAUUCAUGCACGAGCAUAUGGUAGAUGUGUACACUUGACAUCCAGCAAAUGCACCACAGAGAGCAUAAUUCUCGCACUGAUCCACUUGCGCUAUAGCUGUAAUCAUCUAGUCGUUCCUUUGAUCGUUCCACGUGUACCGCUGGAGAAGGUGCGAGGGAUGUAUUGUAUAUCUCGUCUGAGGUGAGUUGUCAGUGGUUUCGAACUUGAGAUAUGCCUCAUCUGAGUUCAACACAAACUCGAAGGUGAAAGUUGGGGUUUGCUGUAGGCCAGGAAGCCCUGUAAACCUCUCGCCAUUCCACGACCCUACUCUGAACAAAGUUCUAUUUCCCCUCAUUACAUUUAGCUGUGGGUAACCUCGAGUGUUUAUCUCCAGAGUAUAUUCUCCCUUGGCAGGAUCUUCGGUGCUCUUCCAAGAUGUUAGAGGCUUGUCCAGGCCAUUCACCAAGUCCUUACCUAUUUUCAUCCCUGGAAGCAUUGUGUCACCAGGGUGAUCAAAGCUCUGCCACAGGAAGUUGUCUUCAGCAGCAGUGUCAUUCUUCAGUAGGGAGUCUUCGAGCACAAGAUUCCCUGAAUCCAGGAGCUGCACAACUGGAGACUGCUGAGACGAUGAAUUGGAAGACCAUACAAGAGUCUGGUUCCCAUUCGAAGAGAGUCAGGUUUCCCUGACUGGUGAGAUCACAGCUCCCAGAGUGUCUGGUAUAGGUGUUUCUCUGUUGGCUACCCAUACAACCGUCUGAGGAGUAAUGUUUGUGUACCAUAUUCCUAGGUACCGGUUUCUUGAAUUCACAGGGCUGAAAAAAUCCCAGCUCGAAUCUUUCCCUUCCUGCUGAAACUAGAGUAGUAUCACCAUCCCUCAGUGGCUGGCCUGGAUUAAUGGUAUCUCGUGCACUGCAGCAGGUUAUUGAGAAGCAGAAUAUGAAGGCGCUGACAAGCACUGCUAGACCUACCAUGAUAUGAGGGCUUCUCGGUGGCUCAACUGAUCCAAGUUCAUAGAAAUAUUAUAUGCACAUGUAUGAGACAGAGCAAAUGUCUGGUGGUGGUGGGAAAUUAAAGUGGGGCCGCCAAGUCGUUGAAUUCUUACACACAUUCAACGAAAAUGUGACAUUUCUAGGAAGCUGAUCGGCUAGAAAGCAAGUGUGAUUCCACCAACUUCCUUGCCUCACCAUCACUCAACCUCAUCUUAAUAGACAGUUUUGACAGUUACCGGUACAUCAUUUCUUGAUAUUCUGUGUUGUAUUUUCUAAAUGAAGACGUUCAUGUGAUAUAAUAGUCAUGGUAGAAGUUUCAAUUUGCUGUCAAAAUCACUAGAACCAAAUUGAUAAAAAGGGAAAAGAAGAAACCAGUAGAAACAGGGAAAUGUCCACCAAUUAUCAGUCUUACUUUUCUAAAUAUAGUAUUUCUGUGGAAACGUUGACCACCACCCCAGACUUAUAUCCAGAAGCCAGGGUUUCAAAACACAAACCUACAUAAAUUAUAAAAUGGGAUACUAUUAUGAAGAAUUCCCGUUCACAUAGAUUGGAUUGUUAAUUGUUUACAGACAUAGAUUCUAAAGAUUAUGUUUAUGCUUCAAGUUCUUGAGUGCAAUUCAUUUGCCGCAAGUAGUAUUAUACACAUUUCAGAUAUUUGAAAGCUGUUGGAGUUGACAAACAUUUGAUGCCUGGCUAAUGUGUUUAUGCUUGAUGCAUUGUUCUCUCCAGACCAAAGCUGGCCUACCUGGCAUCUAGCAGUGAGAUUGUAACUUCGUUCACCGAUGCUGAAUGAUGCUUAUUAUCUGAAGUUGAGGUCUCUGAAUCAGGCAAAUUCCUCUCAGUGAAAAAGCCAGGCUGCUUCGGUUGAGGCAGCAGAGUCUCGCUGGUCAACAUCACAACCGCAGAUAACAUGCUAGGCCAUCAUCUGGUCGUUGUUGAACACAUAAUAGCCCAUACUUGAAUGCAUCGUAAUACCUGAGCUUCCAUAGCUACGUAAUCGACCAAGCCCACUGAAUAAAAGAAGUCUGCAAAGCAUCCAUGAUCUGCCCGUCCAAGCCCACCAUGUCUCCAUCUCUGUAUGACUGUAUGGGCAAAAGGAAAAAGACAUCUCGGAUUUCUUAUGCUCAUAGGAGUAGAGAUUGGGGUAUCACACGAUCACGGUAUAUAUUCGACGAGGAGAUAGAGAGCCUAAAGGAAGAAGAAUACAAUAACGGUCAAUAAGGAAACUGAGAGAGAAGGAGAGCGCAUUCGUCGUCGAGGUUACAACACUUCCACCUCGAUGCGAGAUAUCGAAUUUAGUGGAUGUGAAUAAGCCUUGGAUUUUGAA